UUCAAAUAAAGACCCGCGUCUCGCGCGGCCUCGGGCCCCGGACCCCGAUUCCUGCGCCUCUACUUUCUGAUUAAACAAGACCGGCACGGCGGCGUGCUCCUGUUCAUAGGUCGGGCUCAGUGAGGGGGGACGCUGUGGAGGGAGGAAAGGAUUUUGGCAGUCAAAACAGUCUCACAAAGAUGGCUAACCUGUCAAUUUGGUCAUCUCCCAGCCUGGGAAGAAGAAAGUUACAGGAAGGUUCUACAAUUAAUUUGGUCAAUUGACAAUAAUGAAGAUACCUUGUAGAUUCCUCUCAUUUCCACAAUUUCAGAAGAUUCUACAGUCUCUUCACUUACAAUCAAGAUGCGGGGGUGGAAAUGUAAAGCAAGUCAGAUAUAAGACAUCAAGUCCAGCAGCCGGUGCAACACACACAGAUGCAAUUGAACUCUUUGGGAAAUUCUACUCUCGUGAUGACUAUACAAAUGUUACACCAAAAAUUUUGUCUAAAGUGGGGAAAAGCUUACAGAACCAAAGAAACCAUCCACUGUGGCUGAUUAAAGAACGCAUUAAAGACCAUUUCUAUACACAUUAUUUGAGUCGCCAUAGGAAUCCACUCUUUUCAGUGUAUGAUAAUCUGUCCCCUGUGGUUAGUACAGAGCAGAACUUUGAUAGUUUACUUGUACCACCAGAUCAUGCAAGCAGAAGGAAAGGUGAUAACUUUUACCUUAAUCGAACUAACAUGCUUAGGGCUCAUACCUCUGCUCAUCAACGAGAUCUUAUUCGUGCAGGCCUCAAUGCCUUUCUGGUAUUUGGAGAUGUUUAUCGACGAGAUGAAAUUGACAAAAGUCACUAUCCAGUCUUCCACCAAAUGGAAGGAGUCAGACUAUUUACAAAUCAUGAGCUGUUUGCUAAUGUGCAAAAUGGUGAAGAGCUUAAUAUCUUUGAGAAGGGAUCCCGCACAACCUAUAAGCAAGAGAGCCACACAUUGGAAGCCGUCAAACUACUUGAGUUUGAUUUGAAACAGACUCUGAACAAAGUCAUGGCACAUCUCUUUGGAAAAGGACUGGAAAUUAGAUGGGUGGAUUGCUAUUUCCCAUUUACACACCCUUCGUUUGAAAUGGAGAUCAAGUUCCAGGAAGAAUGGCUGGAAGUCUUAGGCUGUGGCAUCAUGGAGCAGCAUCUGGUAAAUUCAGCUGGUGCUCAAGACAGGAUUGGAUAUGCUUUUGGCUUGGGCCUUGAACGACUGGCUAUGAUUUUGUAUGGAAUACCGGACAUACGCUUGUUUUGGAGUGAGGAUGAACGAUUCUUCAAACAAUUCCAGGUUACUCAUAUUGACCAGGAAGUCACAUUUCAGCCACUUAGCAAAUACCCACCUUUAAUAAACGACAUCUCUUUUUGGAUUCCACGAGAAGGAUAUGAAGAAAAUGAUUUCUUUGAUUUGGUGCGUAAUAUUGGCGGUGACCUGGUGGAGAAGGUCAGCCUCAUCGACCAGUUUACACAUCCCAAGACAGAAAAGAUCAGCCACUGCUAUAGGAUUACCUACCGCCACAUGGAACGAACGCUGACCCAGGAGGAGGUGUGCAACAUUCAUCGAGCUAUUGAGAAAGGAACCGUUGAGAAGUUGGGAGUAGAAGGCAGAUUCUAAAUCAGUAAAAUGAUGGAAUGUUUCUAAAUUUGUCAGUCUUUUUGUUGUACAAAAGUAAAGGAUGAAGUAUUAAAAAACAUUGUAAUUAAGACCAAACUGGAUUUCAGUAAAGUGGAACACUUUGGGUGAAUAUGGCAUAUCUUCAUGUGCUAAAAGACUAAUAUUUAUUGUUAAACAAGAAGGUUUUCUUUGAGAGUUUAUACUGUGCUCCGUGUUAAUUGGUUCUAUUUAGCUGACUGACAUUUGCCCACAUCAAGUAAUUUGAUCGGACCUUCCUUCUGUGGAAGCUUUCUGAAAUAUUUGCUUUCAUUUCUAACAAACAGUGACAUUAAAUGAUACAGAAAAAACUGAACAUAUGUAAAUUUGUUUAAAAGUAUGCCGUUAAACCCCUCACUUUAGGUUGAUUCUUAACAGUACAUAAUUGAUUCUGUCAUGGACAGAACUGGUGUUAUCAUUUUCUGAAUGAAAUUAAAAUAAACUCAAAUAUCUGUGCAUUUCCAUGACAAUUUUAAUUAGCAGUGACCAGAUAUUGAAACAUAUGAUGGAACUGCAGUAUAGUCCUCCAUGAAUCCCCAAAAUCAAAUCAUUUCAUUGGGUAGUGGCCAUGAAUUUCAUCAGUAGUUCAUCCAAUCUCCUGCUGUCACUUUGAUGAAAGGUCAGCGUAAAAAAUAGAGGAACAGCAUAAACAACUAACAGAAAUUGAGGUUUCCACUGAUGUUCUCAUAGGUUACAGUAUGCUGGAAAUCAAAGAUGCUCGAACAAACUUUCCUUAGUGCCAGGGGCUUAGAUGGGGUAGAAUUUGUUAGGUGCAUCCAGGAGGGUUUCUUAAGACGAUAUGUAGAUAGUCCAACUAGGGAUUGGUCUGUACUAGACCUAAUAUUGCGCAAUGAACCUGGCCAGGUGAUUGAAGGUUCAGUGGCGGAGCAUUUGGGACCAUAAUUCUCUAAGUUUUAAGAUAGUUAUGGAUAAGGAUAAGACUGGUCCUUGGGUGAAAGUGCUAAAUUGGAGGAAAGCUAAUGACAACAGUAUUAGGCAGGAACUGAAGAAAGUAGAUUUGGGGCAACUGUUUGAGGGUAAAUUUAUAUCUGACAUGUGGGAGCCAUUUAAAGGCCUAUUGAUUAAAGUUCAGGACCAGUAUGUUCCUAUGAGAAUGAAGAUAAGGGUGGCAAGAUUUGGGAACCUUAGAUGACAAGAGAUGUUGCAAAUUCAAUCAAAAAGGAAAAGGAAGCAUGUGAGGUUUAUCAAGCUGAAAUCGGACAAGGCCCUUGAGAAAUAUAAAGGAAUCUUAAACAAGGAAUUAGGAAUGAGCUAUGAGAUGUCCUUGUCAAAAUGAAUUAAGAAGAAUCUCAAGGCAUUUUAUAUGUAUAUUAGGAGCAUGAGGAUACGUAGGGAAAGGAUAGGUCAAGGACAAAGGAGGGGAUUUAUGUAUGGAGCCAGAGGAAGUGGGUGGGGUCUUUAGUGAGUACUUCUCAUCAGUAUUCACCAAGGACAUGGAUGACGGUGAGAUUAAGGAGGGAUAUGUUGAUAUUCUAGGGAAUAGUAUUAAGAAGGAGGAGCUGUAUGUAUUGAGAAACAUUAAAGUGCCAUAAGUCACCUUAGUCAUGUAAAUAUAAGUCCCCAGGGCCUGGUGGGAUCUACCCAGAAUACUGAGGGAAACAAGGGAGGAGAUUGCUGGAGCCUUGACAGAGAUCUUUGUAUCCCCUUUAGUCAUAGGUGACGUGCUAGAAGUCUAGAGAAUAGCCAAUGUUGUUCCUCCGUAUAAGAAAGGCAAUAGGGACAAACCAGGAAAGGUGAGCCUUACAUCAGUGGUAGGAAAAAUAUUGGUGAAGAUCCUUAGGGGCAGGACUUACUCUCACUUGGAAACGCAUGGACUUAUUAGGGACAGUCAACAUGGCUUUGUGCAGGGGAGGUCCUGUCUCAUAAAUUUGACUGAGUUUUCUGAGGAAGUGAUGAAGAUGAUUGAUGAGGGUUGGGCAGUGGAUGUUGUCUAUAUGGACUUCAGUAAGGCAUUCAACAAGGUUCCUCAUGGUAGGAUGUCCAGAGGAUUAAGUCACAUGGGAUCCACCUUGAGUUGGUAGAUUGGAUUCAAAAUUGGCUUGGUCAUAGAAGAUAGAGGGUAGUGGUAGAGAGCUGGUUUUCUGAUCCGAGGUCUUUUACCAGUAGUGUUCUGCAAGAUCAGUGCUAGGUCUCUGUUGUUUAUAAUACAUUUUAAUGAUUUGGAUAAAAAUGUAGGUAGUCUGAUUAGUAAGUUUGCAGAUGACACAAAAAUUGAUGGAGUAGGGAAUAGCGAGGA